AUAUAAACCCGUUUCCCCGUCCUCAAUCCUCCCUCCUUAAACCCUUCCGGUGCAUACUUUCGCUGUUCAAAACCCUAGUUUCGUCGGUUGCCCUUUGAUCAACAAAAAUGACCGCCGAAGCCGUGAAUCCGAAAGCAUACCCUCUCGCAGAUGCACAACUAACCAUAACAAUAUUGGACCUUAUUCAACAAGCUGCCAACUACAAGCAGCUGAAGAAGGGAGCGAAUGAAGCGACGAAGACACUGAACAGGGGUAUUUCGGAGUUUGUAGUGAUGGCGGCUGAUACCGAGCCUCUUGAAAUUCUUCUACAUCUUCCCCUACUAGCCGAAGAUAAGAAUGUGCCAUAUGUGUUUGUGCCUUCCAAGCAAGCCCUUGGCCGAGCAUGUGGAGUAACAAGACCUGUAAUUGCUUGCUCUGUAACGAGCAACGAGGGAAGCCAGUUGAAAUCCCAAAUACAGCAACUUAAGGAUGCCAUUGAAAAGCUCCUAAUCUAAGAGAUGUAGAGACAUUCGGUGUGAUGGGCCUCUCAGAUAAUUAUAAUUGAUUCUUCUAGAGGCUUUGACUGACAAGGUUGUUGUGUUUACUAGAGAAGUAAGUUUGCACCGCAUUUCAGUUUUCCCAUUUCAGGAUUUUCUAUGAAUUACUUAAUAUGAAUGUAAACUUGUUAUACAACUGAAUCUGUGUUCGAAGGGCGAUUGAUGAUAAACUAAAUUAUAGAUGGUUCAAGGUAUUAGUAGGUUUUGAGAGAAGAAAUAUAUUCAAAUUACGAGUUCGUGUACUUAAUGAAGCUCAAAAUAGUUGGAAUUCCUAACAUUAAUGAGCAAUACUGUGAUGAUCUUUAUUUUCUA